AUGCGUCCUUACUCAAAAAAAAGUAUUCAUUUACUUUGGAAAAACUCUCAUGUAUUUAAAUUUUGAACCGUAGUUUGGUCAUGUGUUCUAAUUGAUUUCAUCUGCUCAGGUUCGCUGUCUACUGGUAACGGAGAGUUCGGUGACUGGAACGCCUUCUCCUCCACCAGUCCUCCUGCUGUCACUGCUCCGUCUGCCAUCCCGGAUCUGUUCAGUGACGUGCCCGCUCCAGCUGCCCCCGUGCCCUCAUCCACCCAUCCGCCUUCCGCUGACCUCUUUGACCUGAUGGCCCCCAACAACAGCAGCCUCAGCACAUCCCAAAGCAUGACCUUUAACAUGUGCCCGCAGAACGCAACCACGCCUCUGUCCAGAUCACAGACAAUAGGCGGCUCGUUAUUGCCUCAGCAGAUGGGACUGCAGAAGCCAGGCGGGAAGGUAUCUAUGCCUGCCACCUGGUCAGACCCGAGCGUGAACAUCAGCCUGGAUUUCCUGUCUGCAGGCCUGAACCCUCCCAAACCCACACAGCCCACUCUCAACACCAUGAUGCAGCAAGGUGUCCAGCCACCGUUGAACGUGGUCACCCAGAAUUUCGCCGGAAUGACACUGAACACCCAGCCCUCGGCGGCCGCUCCCAGACCAGGAGCGAACCCCAUGAUGGCCGGGGGGAGCAUGGGCAUGGGGAUGCCUCCUACUAUGGCGACGGGCACCAUGGGAAUGGGCUCUGUGGGUAUUGGGGGAAUCCCUAUCAAUCAAGGACUCGUGGGCAUGAAUAUGAUGCCCGCUGGAAUAGGUCUGCAAGGUGCCCUGGGCAUGCCCAGCGCGGGGAUAGGCCAGGGCAUGAACCCCGCCGUGGUGCAACCUAAACAAGAUGCCUUUGCAAACUUUGGCAACUUCGGGAAAUGAAGGGCGAAUCACUCCAAGAGGGUUAACGGUCCAAAUACACCUUCUCAAUAGAAGGAGCUGCAUCCAGUAAAAUGGACAAAACUGACUAAACUAGCCCGUGUCACGACUCUUCAAUCAAUUGUCCUUAUUCGUUAACAUUUACAGAGAAAAAAAACACACACACACAAGAAUCUGCUUUUCGUUCAUGUGGGGUUGAUAAUUGAAUGGUGGAUUUUUUUGUAAACGGUGCAAAGCAUAUUCUAUACUUUUAAAGGAAAAAAAGAUGACUGUGCAGUUUGGCACGUUUUUCCACAACAGAAACUUCAACAUUUUUUUUCCAUCACGGCCCUCUUCACUUUUCAAAUACGACUGAUUUCCGAAAUUACCUCAUAAUUUGCAUUAUUCAUGCUGUGAUUUUAAAGGCCGGCGAAGGGUUGGUUUGUAAAUAUCUUGGUGUGCAAAAAAUAAAUUAUUUUACUCGCUUCUCAGAUGGUAUAA